UCCAGACAGCUGGAUAGCAGUUAAGAAAAGCGGAUAAACGUACACAGUGCGAGCAUCUCGGCGUGAGUCUCAGCACAUCUGGAUGGAAAAUCUAUACUGGCCACAAUAACGCCUUAAAGAGAAAGAAUCAAGAGGAAAACGCUGCACAGCGCUACAUAACCAUGAACGCAGGCUGAUAACCGAGUACUUUUCAUUUUGCACAUUUGGUUGUACCUUCCCUUCUAUGCGUCUGAUGAGCUGGAUGUUGGGUCGGCGCUUCCAUGCGGUGUGGGAGGACUGACUCCAAAUUCACUUUGGAUGCGUCAUACUAGAGAAACCAUGACAGAUGACAACGCUUAGAACCAAGCAAUCAGCUGUUGUUGGGGGUUCGUCCAGGAUCAUCCACAGAGCUUCUAAAUGGCAUCAAGACAAUAGCAAGCCAGCUGAGGCCUUCUGCUGAGCUUUUUCCUGUUGGGCACCGAGGGGCGCUGGGAAAUGAAGACCAGCCUGAAGCAAUGGCGGAGACUGGGGCUCGGCCUCAUGAUCACCUGGGUGUUGAUCUUCUUGGCCCUCUUUUCAUACUUCAUGGAUUCUCGUGUGAACGAGUCUGCGCCUCUUUCGCACACGGAUAAACGUCGUCUCACAGCCGUGCAGGGCCACACCCGCAGCAGCAUGCUAAAAGCUCAACAGGACCUGCCUGCCACUUCAGUAUCCACGGCCUCGAACGCCCAAAACCUCAGCAGUGAGCAGCACCAGGAUGUCUACCCGGAAGCUCAGAACCUUGCAGCCUGGUCUGCGUUUGGCACCCAGGACGUCAGCUCGCUCCUGAACCGCAGCCGGGAAAAGGUAACCCAGGUCUUGUUUCAACGUGAAGAAGACGAGGAAGUCGAAAUGAACAAUGAAGUGGACCAGGCUAAGAUGAAUAAAAACGAAGCUAAAAGCUGGGACGACUCCAAUUUCGAUGAUUUUUACUCAUCAAGGACGAAGUCUGUGGUGCAGCAUCUGCGUCAGGGAAGCGUGUCGCUGAACAUGCUCAGCGCACGCUUGCAGAGGGCAGCAAGUGUUUACAUGAACAAUAACAGUCAUGGCGUGGACUACAAAGGUCAGCGGCAGGAGAAGCAGAGCCGCGAACGCCUGCUGUGUGAAAUGAAGAGGAAGGGCACUGUGAAGACACUGGACGGAAAAGAGCGGCCUUUUUCAAAACUGGGUUGGCAUAAGGUUGUGCCUCGCAAACCCCUCAAUCGCCUCUACGGUGCAGGAUUCGGCUCCUGCGCUGUGGUCACUUCGGCUGGCGCCAUGCUCCACUCCAGCCUGGGAAAAGAGAUCGAUUCCCAUGAUGCUGUUUUGAGGUUUAAUUCGGCCCCCACAAAAGGAUAUGAACGAGAUGUUGGGAAUAAGACCACUAUACGAAUAAUUAACUCCCAGAUUGUGGCUAACCCUGCUCACAAGUUCAUCACCAGCUCACUGUAUAAAGAUACAACAUUGGUGGCGUGGGACCCUGCACCGUACACUGUCAACCUGGACAAAUGGUAUAAGAAUCCAGACUACAACCUAUUCACCCCAUACUCCGAGUACAGAAAGAAGUUUCGUGAUCAGCCAUUCUACAUUCUGCACCCCACUUUCAUCUGGCAGCUGUGGGAUGUGAUCCAGAGCAACUUUGUGGAGAACAUCCAGCCUAAUCCACCUUCCUCAGGGUUUAUCGGUAUCCUGCUGAUGAUGUCCCUGUGUAAAGAGGUCCACGUGUACGAGUUCAUUCCAUCACUCAGACACACCGACCUGUGUCAUUACCACGAGCGCUAUUACGAUGCCGCCUGCACGCUGGGUGCCUAUCACCCGUUGCUCUUUGAGAAGAACCUCAUCCAGCGCAUCAACAACGGCUCGAAGAAGGAUCUCCACAAAAAAGGCAAAAUUACACUCCCUGGCUUCAGCACCGUCCACUGUGACCCGUGAACUCUGACUGCCAGAGAGAAGGUUGCAAUAAUUGACCCUGGGUAGCAAGAGCCAGGCUUAAAUCCACUACCUGCAGAGGGUAGUUUAGCACAGUGGUCCUUGGAGAUGAAACUACUGUGCACUCACUGACUGUUUUUAACGUUGCGUUUUCUGAGCCUUCUGUGAUUACAUGUCUUCGGGUAGCAAUAGGUCUGCCAUAGUGAAGCUGUUUUUAAACAUGGUGAUUUUAGUGUAGCUAGCCAUCAUAAGACACUUCUGUUUUUUUAUGUGUCACUGAUGAGGUAAAAAUAUUGAGGAACUAGUGAAUGUUUAAAUAUAGAGAUGGACGUCACCAUUCUAGACAAAAAAUAAGUUUUAAACAUUUCUGUUUCUGUAUUUGUUUAUUUAGAAAUCAGAAUGGUGACUUUUAGAAAGGAGUCACGUUACUGUUGUAUUACUUUCUCAGCUGCUUACUUAGACGGCCAGCUGGCAUCUGUCCAUACUGUAAGUACCAAACGAUUUCACUCUGACGUUUCUUACUAAAACUGAAAGAUCUGACCAUAUUUAUGUAUUAUUUUUAAGUUUUACUGUAAAGCAGCUGAGAAAACAAAUCUUCCAUCCUGUUAGAACGCUCAGUGGAAAGAUAAGGACAUUUACUACUUCACUGUUUUAACAGAUUCUUUUUUAGUCCUCUGGCAAUAUUACAACACCGAAUGGUGGUUGUUCUAACAGUCUAGUUUUUAAACCAGCGUAGUCUGGUUGUCCUCUAUGUCUUGGGAUCCAGGAGCUAACAGGUACUUUCUUCGAGUCAGUCAAAAGCGAAUGAAAAGCUUUCUUGCGUAGUAUGUAGAAACUUUAUAAGUUUAAGGUUUUUACAGUCACUAUGGGUUUGAUCUAAUAUGUAAAUAUUUUUUUUUGUACUGAUGGAAAUACACGUUUUUCAAGUUGUGUACUCAGUGUUUCGGUAGGUGCCAUUGAUCUGUGAUGGAAAUGACACUAACUGAGAACUGUGGGGCUUCACUCAGGUGUGUUGUAGAAUCCGACGUGCACCCUUUCAGUCCGUCUAUCAGUUUAACGUCUGUCAUGUUUCCCACAGAGUGUAGGAACCUCUGUUGAUGUACAAUAUUUAACUAAGGUUGGUUAGUUUUCCCCAUGUUGGGGUAAUUUAUACAUGAUUUAUGGAUGAAUAUGGAAUAUUCAUUACUGACUUGUAAGUAAAGGCUAUGACACACCAAGCCAGUGUUGAAGAACUAGCAUUAGAACCAAUUAUUGUCCUUUGUUGUCUUAUGCCUCUUGAGUUUUUUCAUUAUUAUAUUAGAAUUGUAUAAUAUCAGGACAAACAAACUUUCUUAACCGCUUAUCCAAUCAGUGUCGCUGGGAAGGGGGUGCUGGAGCUUAUCCCAGCUUUUCAAUGCUCGCAAGGCACACAGUAACACCCUGAACAGGGCGCCAGUCCAUCGCAGGGCAGACACACAUUGGACUGUGGGAGGCAACCGGAGCUCCCGGACACAAAGAGAACAUGCAACCGCCGCAAAUGAUGCUAUAUAGCAACCCAGCAAAAUAUACAAAUCUUAGCAAAUUAUCUGAUAGCAACGUUAUUUUUUAAAGCCUGACAGCAUGUCAGUAAUGAGGCCCACAUUUGUCCCUAUUGCCCUUUUAGGUGCAAAUGGGUGCUAUUUGAAGUACACAGGAAGAACCAGUCAUCCCAGUUAAGCUUGUCAUAAUGGGUCUAAUUAACUAUGGUAACCUUUUGUUAUAUAGAAUGUUCCACACAAGCGUCACAGUUGUCCUUGUCCUAUCUUAACAAUUAGACCAAGUAUGAACAUAUUUACAUGCGUACUGGUUAACUGACUAGUCUGUGAACCAGAAUACUCAGGGUCUGUCUGAAAACCUAGUGAGCUCUCUACAUAGACUCAUUUUAUAUCAUCCUAUUCUCAAGAAGAAGCCGGUCUGAAUCCUUGAUACCGUAGAAUGCUGCCUACUGAGGUGCCUUUAUUUAUUAGUGAUAAUCUGACUGAAUAAUGAGAAAGCAUUCAGUGCUUCCUCAGCGGUGAAGGCAAUUCCAGCAUUCAGUGCAGCACAACUUUUCUCACAAAAAUAUGGCGGAUAAAUGUGGAGCAGCAAACAGAGUUCUUUUCAAAUUUUAUAUAUUUUUUAUAUAUAUUUUAUAUGUAUUAAUUUUAUAAAUAUUUGGGCUUGCAUGGACAAUUGAACCAUUUUCGGUACACAUGCUAGCAUUUUGUGUCACCUCAGCCUACUGCUUUCAAUUUGCUUUGUUACGUUGGGUUGGCACGGUGGCUAAGUGGGUAGCGCUGUCGCCUCACAGAAAGAAGGUCCUGGGUUCGAUCCUCAGGUGGGGCAGUCCGGGUCCUUUCUGUGUGAAGUUUGCAUGUUCUUCCCAUGUCUGCGUUUGUUUACUCCGGGUGCUCCUUCCUCCCACAAUCCAAAGACAUGCAAGUGAGGUGAAGUGGAUCUAACCUUAUGAACUGAUGAACCUUGUGUAAUGAGUAACUACCAUUCCUGUCAUGAAUGUAACCAAAAUGUAAAACAUGACGUUAAAGUCCUAAUAAACAAACAAACUUUGUUGCUUAGUAAGCAAAACACGCAGUGACGUAAUCGGCAUAUUUGCUGUCUAAGUAGUGCAUCUAAAUAAUCUUGAGUUUGAUGUCUUAUUAGAAUCCUCUCCAGGGGGCGUGGCAUUAUGAGAUUUUUUUUACUUCUAAAACUAAAGCAAUUAAUUUUGCAGACAUACGUAUUUGAUCAGUCUUGCUGACCACGCACAAACGCACGUUUAAUGUUAUCUGAAAAAACCCUUAAAAAUAGGGCUAACAGUGAAGAUAAGUGACAAAAACAAUGACUGCUGUUAUACUGUAGUACGUGUGUGUGUCUUUAAGAGAGGUGUAGGAGAUGCUCUGUUCAUAGUGUCGCUAUAAGUGAGUCAGGAGUCAAUUCAUUUGAACCGAAUCGUAAGUUUCUUUUCUCAGUCAUCUCUCUGUUUUUACUGUUAUUAAUUAAUGUUGUGGUGUUAAAUAAACACCAGCUACUGGAACAUUCUGUGUGACUCGCUUACCUUAAAAAGCUCAGGAUUAAGGAGGAGCGCAAGUUCAAGCAGAUUCGCAGUCGACACACGGAGGGGGACGCAUGUCCAAAAAGGUUGAAAACCCCUGUUUUAGGCAGCAGGUAGGCAGCUCACUAGGUUUUCAGACAGACAGUCUACUCAUUCACAUGCUUGCACUGUUUGACGGAACGUAGUCAUCUAGUUAGUUACAGUAGGGAAGAGAUGUCACCAAUUUACCUCUCUUAGGGAGAUUUUACUAAUGUGCAACUGUGCAGAUGUAGGCAUGUAAUGCAAAAAACUUACAAGACUUACAGCAAUUGCUUAAAUGCUCUAUAAGAACAGUUUGCAAUAUUCCUUUUGGACCAAUGAAUACACAUGGCUGUAAAUUUAUUACGUCAUGUUUUUGUAUAAUACAGUAAACAGCUUGGAGCUACUUUAUUCUUUUAUUAAAGACAGUACAAACUAACAAAUGAAGGAAUUUUACUCCACUGUGCUUCAACUCCACCCAAGAACGCCAAACUGACAGUUUUUUGUUGGUUAUUAGUUGAUGAAUUAAUUAUUAUCAUUCCUAGUAGCUAGAGAACAUAGGACAGUAAACAAAUAAUCAGCUGAUGAAGAGAAAAGUCGAAAAUGUAAAAGCUCUGUUGUCCAGAGAUUGCCCUGCCCACUUGGUCAGAAUGGUGCCAGUGGUGCAGAAAUGCUAGACAAACUACAGACAGCUGGCUUGGUGUGUAACAGCCUUAAUAUUGCAAGACGUCAUCUUUCUGGUGUUAAUGUUUGUAUGUCACCGAUGUUUGUGUUAUUGUAAACGCUGGUAGUUCUUUUUAAUGAAACGAUUUUCUUUAUUCCGACUAUCAGUGUUUCCUGCUAUAGGAAGAAUCAUGUAUAUUUCUCACAUUCUGUGCUUCCCUGUUUCUGAGGUUUUCUGAUGAAGAGAAAAUUGCAGGUUAGAGAGUACAUUUUCUCAGUCAUACACUGAAUUCAUACCAAACGUGCCACUUAGAGUCAAUCCACAGCGUACAUGUCUCAGCUGUGUUCCAUGUAGGCUACAAACAAUGAACACAGUGUUUAUGAUACGGAUGAAUUAGGCAUGUACAAAUCAGGUCACCUAAAACCUGACAUGAGACAUGAACAACCAGCAUUUUUUGUGUUUAUUUUGUUUUCCUGUGUAGGUACAUACUGUAUGAAGAUUUUGAUUGUCGUUCUAAAUAAGAGAACAACUAGGGGUCUUGUUUAUGUGAAUAGCAAGAAUUUAGUGCAAACCACUUACGAGGGAUCUUCAAAAACGGUGAGGGUGGGAGGAGUAGUAAUUGGUCGUGUCUGAGAGACUGUGAUAGAGCUUAUAGUCCGGAUUUAGCACCAUCUGAUUUCCACCUUUUUGGACCGCUCAAAGAAGCUUUAAGUGGAAGAAGAUUUUAACGUGAUGAUAAUGUAAAAGCAGUGGUGCAUCAGCGGCUAUGCACUCAACCGAAAACUUUUUUGCUGAUGGCAUUAAAAAGUUGGUACGACUCUGGGAAAAAAAUGCAUCAAAAAGUGUCUAAGUAAGGGCCGCUCAGGUGGCGCAGCGGUAAACACACACGCUGGAACCAGAGCUGGGAUCUCGAAUACAUCGCAUCGAACCUCAGCUCUGCCUGCCGGCUAGGCUGAGCGGCUACAUGAACAACGAUUGGCCUGUUGUUCAGAUAUGGGCGGGACUAAGCCGGAUGGGGUCUCUUUCUCAUGACUGGUGCAAUUACGACCUCUGCUGGCUGAUUGAUGGCGCCUGCACAGAGAUGAGAAAAGAGUGCUCUCAGGAUGUGUCUCUCCAUACACAGUGCUGAGCUGCCCUGCACUCGUCAAAGUGUAAGUAAUAAGAUGCAUACGGCAUGCUGCCCACGUGUCAGAGGGAGCGUGGGUUAGCUUCGUUCUCCUCAAUCAGAGCAGGGAUCGGCAUUGGUGGAGAGGAAGCAAGACGCAAUUGGGCAAUUGGAUGUGCGAAAAAGGGAGAAAAAGGGGAGAAAAUGCAUAAACAAUAUAUAUUUUAAAAAAAGUGUCUAAGUAAAAAAGUGAUGUCAUUUGUUUUUGAAAUUCUUAAUGAAUAGAGUUAAAAUAAGUGCGGAAACUUUUUGAAGAACCCUCGUAUUGUUCUUUCUUUUUUCCUUUUGGCUGCUCCUGUAUUUAGGAGUCACUACAGUGGAUCAUUCUGGUCUGUAUACCAGAUUUAGCACAGUUUUACACCGGAUGGCCUUUUAUCCGGACUUGGGACCAGCAUUGUGGGCGCUCCCCCCGGCCAGGCUGUUUGGCCAUCAAAACCCAGACAUAACCUUUCAUGUCUGUGUAGAUGCCUGACUGGCCAAUAGCACUGCUGAGAAUAAUAGUGGACUAGCUUUUUUUAUUGCUGAGCCAUCUGAGCGCCCAAGUGCAAACCACACUUCACCUACUAAACAGAUUUACUUCAGCUGAUAAUGAAACUGCAUUACUUUUGUACUGUAUUUCUUUGAUGUAAUCUGCUAUUGUUUUAAGUAGUAUGCUGGGAGUUUUUUUCUGUCUGUAAUAAGGUUUUGGAGAUGUCUUACUCUCCAGUUGCACAAAAGGUGCACCGAGAAGUGUUCCUCUUGAAACUGUGCGCACACAUACAAACUCCUUUUCCAGAGAAGUUGGGAUGUUUUGUAACACACAAUAAAAAGAAGAAUCUGUGA